AUGACUCUGGAUAUCGACCCCAACUAUGUUCUGCAGGCCGCGCGACUGACGGCCAUUGUUGCAGCGGCACCUCGCCAGGACGACCCUCGCUAUUCGGACUGGGAGGCGAGGAUUUACCUCGAAGUGAGUCGGCUUGAAAAGAGUUUCCCGCAGCCCUUGAAGUCGUUGAGGAUGCCUGGCAUCAUUAUCAGUGCAUUGCUGGAAUUCACCCGGGCGUACCAGCAGAAGGCCCUGGCGCGGCUGGACCACAUAUCGAACGAUGAUGAGAGGAUAUACAAGAGGUACCCUCUGGCUGUGCGCGAGUAUGGGGAGUGUAAGGACCUGGGAAGGCAGUGGUGGACUGAAGAUCCAUAUUGCAAGCUGCCACCGGUGAAGAGUACGCCAGCGGAGGGCUGGGGCAAUGUGCCAGCCGAUGACGACACCCAGAGAUGUGGCGAGGAGGACCUGGCUAUCGGGGACCUCGUCACCAAGGGGAAAGGCAAGGAGAGAGCUGACAACGACGUCGGGACAGGCAUGGUGGGUGAGCGUAUCGUCCAUGUGGAGGCGGGAGAGGACAAGGGAAAGGGCAAGAGCAAGGAGAAGGUGCAGGGAAAGGCGGCGCAUGCGAUGAGCGAGGAAGAGGAUGGGGGAGAGGGAGAGGGAGAGGGAGAGGGAGAGGGAGAGGGAGAGGGAGAGGGAGAGGGAGAGGGAGAGGGAGAGGGAGAGGGAGAGGGAGAGGGAGAGGGAGAGGGAGAGGGAGAGGGAGAGGGAGAGGGAGAGGGAGAGGGAGAGGGAGAGGGAGAGGAGCAGGAGGGCGAGGAUGAUGACGAUGCUGACAGUGAUGAGGACAACGAUGCCGACAAAGAUGACAAUGAUGAGAUGGCGGAAGACGUGCCGGGUGCAGGCCAGCCUGAAUUCAUCAAGGUCGAUGCGGUGUCGCCCCCUCCGCCAACUGCCAGACCAAUAUCGAUCUCGCCAGCUGCCCCAUCACUCUGA